AUGUCUCAAUAUAAUGCCCAAACCACAGCGGAGGAGGUGGCAACUGAUUGCUGUGCUGCCAUUUCCAACAAAACUCUCCUAGUGACUGGGGUCACUCCUGGUAGUCUUGGUGCUGGUUUCGCGACAGCGGUUGCAAACUACGCGCCGUCCCUUAUCAUUCUCGCCGCGCGUGAUGUAACAAAAGCUCAGCAAACAGCUACAGAUAUCUUAGCCAUCAAUCCAUCCGUGAAGACCCGUAUCCUGCACCUAGAUCUAGGCUCCCAGACCCAGAUCCGACAAGCAGCAGCAGAGGUUCUCGACUACGAGGAACAUAUAGAUGUACUGGUUAAUAACGCAGGGAUAAUGGCGUCACCUUUUUCCCAGACUGAGGACGGCGUGGAGAGCCAAUUCGGAAUUAAUCAUAUUGGCCAUUUUCUCUUCACGAACCUGAUCAUGAGCAAGCUGAUCGCACCGGGCAAAUCCUCGCGUGUUGUCAAUAUUUCCAGUGACGGCCACCGGCUAGGGCCUGUUCGGUUUGAUGACUGGAACUUCGAUGACGGUGAUACGUAUGAUCCUUGGCUAGCUUACGGCCAAUCAAAAACGGCGAAUAUGCUAUUUUCUGUGUCGCUUGCGCAGAAGCUUGGGGGAAAUGGCCUUAUUUCUGUUAGCUUACACCCUGGUGUUGUGGGUACACAAAUUCUGAGGCAUGAUGUUGAUGAAUCGGUUAAGGCACUCGUCAAAUGGGAUCGUAUCCAAGGCAAUCGUCAGUGCUGGGAUGGGUUCAAGUGGAAAUCUAUGUCACAGGGCUUAGCAACACACACGGUUGCCUGCUUUCACAAUUUAGUCUUAGAAUAUAAUGGCGGUUAUCUUGAGAACUGCCGAGUUUUGAAGCCAGCCGAAAUUCGCUGUUGGGGUCGAGAUGAUCUAGAGGCGGAAAGACUAUGGAAGUUGAGUGAGGAGAUUGUUGGACAGAAGUUCGACUACUAG